AACAAAUCAAGAAGUUGAAAGAAAUCUCUGAAAAUGGCCGUAAGUUUCGUAACAACAUCUCCUGAGGAAGAAGAAGACAAACCCAAACUAGGCCUUGGAAAUAGUCAAACUCCAUUAAUCUUCAAUCCUUCGAUGCUUAACCUUCAACCCAAUAUCCCUAGCCAAUUCAUUUGGCCUGACGACGAAAAACCUUCCAUCGACGUUCCCGAGCUUGAUGUUCCUCUCAUCGAUCUUCAAAACCUUCUCUCUGAUAAGGACUAUACUUCUGCUUCUCCUUCCUCCACUUUAGAAGCUUCCAGACAAAUCUCCGAGGCCUGUAAGAAGCACGGGUUCUUCCUCGUGGUCAAUCACGGCAUCAGCGAGAAGCUUAUAUCAGACGCUCAUGAAUACACGAGCCGUUUCUUUGAUAUGCCUCUCUUUGAAAAACAGAGGGUUCUUAGAAAACCCGGCGAGAGUGUUGGCUACGCAAGCAGUUUCACCGGCCGCUUCUCCACCAAGCUUCCAUGGAAGGAAACCCUUUCUUUCCGGUUUUGCGACGACAAGAGCCGCUCAAAAUCUGUUCAAGAUUACUUCUGCGAUGCGUUGGGACAUGGGUUUGAGCCAUUUGGGAAGGUGUAUCAAGAGUACUGUGAGGCAAUGAGUUCUCUCUCACUGAAGAUCAUGGAGCUUCUGGGGCUAAGUUUAGGCGUAAACCGGGACUAUUUUAGAGACUUUUUCGGAGAAAAUGAUUCAAUAAUGAGACUGAAUUACUACCCUCCAUGUCAGAAACCAGAUCUCACACUAGGAACAGGACCUCAUUGUGAUCCAACUUCUCUUACCAUCCUUCACCAAGACCAUGUCAAUGGCCUUCAAGUCUUUGUGGAAAAUCAGUGGCGCUCCAUUCGUCCCAAUCCCAAGGCCUUUGUGGUCAAUAUCGGCGAUACUUUCAUGGCUCUAUCGAACGAUAGAUACAAGAGCUGCUUGCACCGGGCGGUGGUGAACAGCGAGAGCGAGAGGAAAUCACUUGCAUUCUUCUUGUGUCCCAAAAAAGACAGAGUAGUGAAGCCACCAAGAGAGCUUUUGGACAGCAUCACAUCAAGAAGAUACCCUGACUUCACAUGGUCUAUGUUCCUUGAGUUCACUCAGAAACACUAUAGAGCAGACAUGAACACUCUCCAAGCCUUCUCAGAUUGGCUCACCAAACCCAAGAAAUAAAAUAUCCAUGUCUCUUGUCUUGUUAGUUACUAGCUACUACUAUCUUCUAUAUAUUUCAUGUAUGUAUAUAUAUGGUAAUAUGCAAUAAUAACACCUUUAGCAUUUC